GUCGGCUUCAAUUCCAUGUAGCGGCGUUUCUCCAUUCCGUGAACCCGUCAACAGGCACUUUCGGAAAGCCGUCGCACCGCUUGACAGGUGGAGCGGCGGCUCCCAGCGUCGCCCAUGGCGUCGGGCGAGGAGAUGAUGUCCGCUUCGCCUGGGCCACAGUCCCAAGGCGGUCCGCCUUCUCAACAGGGCGGGCCGCACACGAAUGACGGUCACAUGCAACAGGGAUACCCGUCCGAUAACAUUCACAUGCUGCAAAGGGCCAUCAACAACAUGGAAUCUGAGAAGGGCAUGACUCCAGACGACCCCCGCUACCCCCAGAUGCUGGGCAUGGGUGGCGGCCGGGGGGGCAAGCCACCAGGGGGCGCCGCUGGAGGCAGUGGCGGCAGCUCGGGGGUCCCCAGCCCCAUCAUGGGACCGCCACCUGUCCCACCUCAGGGGGCAGGGCCUAUGGGAGGACCGCCUCCCCAUGAGGGGCCACCACCACCUCACCACGGUUACGGACCUCCACCACCUCAGGGUCCCCCACCGCCACAGCACAUGGGGCCAGGUCCGGGACCGCACGGUUACGGCAUGGGUCCACAGCAGACUGGCGGCUACGGAGCGGGUGGCAGCCCUUACCAGCAGCAGCCAUACCCUUCUCCACAGCAGGGAGGAGGAGCAGCUGCCAGCACAGCCCCUCACCAGCCAGGACCACACCCGCACCAUCCCCCAGUUGCUUCAGAGCCUCCCGACCCAUCCUCGCAGACAGGUUACAACAGUGGAGGAGGACCCGGCGGUGGGGGUCCGCCUUCCAACGGGUCUGCAGGCAAUGCGCCGCCAGGUGCUGAGGGAGGCGCCAGCUCGGCUGGUGGCGGCACAAAACCGUCGCUGCUGAGCCCACCACAGUUGACGCAGCUGCGGGCCCAGAUCAUGGCGUACAAGCUUCUGGCACGCAACCAACCCGUGCCAGACCACAUCAGCAUGGCCGCCCAGGGCACAGGCUCCUCGCAGGGCACCCCGCAGGGCUCGCCCCAGCCGGGCCCACCCUACAUGCACAGGCCACCAGGAGCUCCAUCACCUUCCAUGAGGCCGUCCCCCCAGCCGGCACCACCCAUGGGGGCGGGGGGCCCCCCGCAGCAGUAUGGGCCCAGCAGCCAGGGCGCUGGUGCUGUAGGCCCAGCCGCCAUGGGUCCUCAGUACGGGCCGGUGGCACCGACUUCCGGGGCCGCCGUCCCGCCGGGGGUGCCUCCCCCUCCUCCGCACGGCCAGCCCCCCCACCCCAUGAUGGGGUCCCAGGGGGGCGGGGCGCCGACGCCUCCACCCCAGGGUGCUGGGGCAGGGCCACCCGGGGGCGGGGUGCCCCUGCAGCAAGGGCCCCGGCCCGGUUGCCAGGCACCACCGCAGAAUGCCAGGGGCAGUCCCGGAACAGGACCACCAUCGUCUAUGCCAUCCAUGAUGCAGAUGCAGCAGCAGAAGCAGAACCGCAUCACACCCGUGGCCAAGCCCCAGGGCAUCGACCCCAUCGAGGUCCUGAAGGAGAAGGAGAACCGGCUGACGAGCCGCAUUGCCCACCGCAUCGAGGAGCUCUCCAAGCUGCCGGCCAACCUGCCCGAGGACCUGCGCAUCAAGGCCAUGAUCGAGCUGCGCGCCCUGCGCCUGCUCAACUUCCAGCGGCAGCUGCGCGCCGAGGUGGUGCAGUGCAUGCGCAGGGACACCACCCUCGAGACCUCGCUCAACCCCAAGCUGUACAAGCGGACCAAGCGGCAGAGCCUCCGCGAGGCCCGCCUCACCGAGAAGCUCGAGAAGCAGCAGAAGCUGGAGCAGGAGCGCAAGCGCCGCCAGAAGCACCAGGAGUACCUGGCGGCCGUGCUGCAGCACGGCAAGGACUUCCGCGAGUUCCACCGCGGAGUCCAGGCCAAGGUGGCCAAGGUGAACAAGGCGGUGGCCACGUACCACGCCAACACGGAGCGCGAGCAGAAGAAGGAGCAGGAACGUGUCGAGAAGGAGCGUAUGCGGCGCCUCAUGGCCGAGGACGAGGAGGGAUACCGCAAGCUCAUCGACCAGAAGAAGGACCGUCGGCUGGCCUUCCUGCUGUCGCAGACGGACGAGUACAUCCACAACCUCACCGAGAUGGUGCGUCAGCACAAGGCCGAGCAGCGGCGGAAACUGCGAGAGAAGAAGAAGAAAAAGAAGAAGAAGCAGCCGCAGCCGGGCCAGCAGGGACAGCAGGAAGGGAGCGGCGGCGCCGCUGCGGCUGGAAGCGGGGAAGGCGGCCCACCGGGGUCAUCCGACGCAGCCAUGGAUGCGAUGGUGGAUGAAAGUUCACAGCACAGCGACCUCAGGGUCAACGUCAUCGAGACAGCAACUGGCAAGGUCAUUGAAGGCAAAGAUGCUCCACUGGCAAGCCAGCUUGAUACAUGGCUCGAAAUGCACCCAGGUUUUGAAGUGGCGCCGAGAGAAGCCAGUGACGAUGAGGAAGAGGGUGAAACCGAUGACUCAACAGAGUCGGAGGAUGAAGGUGACGACAAUUCCCAGCAGCCCCAACAGCAGCCUGUGAGCGCUCCGACCAAGAUGGAGAGUUCGCCCGACGACCACGUCAAGACUGUUAUUCAGGCGGCGGCCGCCGAGGACGACGAGUACAAGGCAGGCGGCUACCAGAACUACUACAACAUAGCGCAUGCCAUCCGUGAGGAGGUACACGAACAGGCCACCCUCAUGGUCAACGGGGUGCUCAAGGAGUACCAGGUCAAGGGGCUCGAGUGGCUCGUCUCCCUCUACAACAACAACCUCAACGGCAUCCUGGCCGACGAGAUGGGUCUUGGCAAGACCAUUCAGACAAUUGCUGUCAUCACAUACCUGAUGGAGAAGAAGCGCAUCAAUGGACCCUAUCUCAUCAUUGUACCGCUUUCGACACUGUCCAACUGGAUGCUAGAGUUUGACCGGUGGGCGCCGUCAGUGGUCAAAGUGGCAUACAAGGGUUCACCCAACCUGCGGAGGCAGCUGUCUCAACAGCUGCGCAGCAGUAAGUUCAACGUGCUCAUCACCACCUACGAGUACGUCAUCAAGGACAAGGCGGUGCUGGCCAAGCUCCGCUGGAAGUACAUGAUUAUUGACGAGGGUCACCGCAUGAAGAACCACCAUUGCAAGCUGACUCAGAUCCUCAACACGCACUACAGCGCUCCACACCGCCUGUUGCUGACGGGCACGCCUUUGCAGAAUAAGCUGCCUGAACUGUGGGCCCUGCUGAACUUCCUAUUGCCGAGCAUCUUCAAGAGUUGCAACACGUUUGAGCAGUGGUUCAACGCUCCCUUCGCUACGACUGGCGAAAAGGUGGAGCUCAAUGAAGAGGAGACGAUCCUGAUCAUCCGGCGUCUCCACAAGGUCCUGCGACCGUUCUUGUUGAGGCGACUUAAGAAAGAGGUCGAGUCGCAACUUCCCGAAAAGGUGGAGUACGUUGUAAAGUGCGACAUGUCAGCACUGCAGAGACUCCUGUACAGACACAUGCAAACGAAGGGUGUACUUCUUACCGAUGGAUCUGAAAAGGACAAGAAGGGCAAGGGUGGUACCAAGACGCUGAUGAACACCAUCAUGCAGCUGCGCAAGAUCUGCAACCACCCGUUCAUGUUCCAACACAUUGAGGAGGCUUACGCCGAGCACAUUGGUUGCACUGGGAGCAUUGUACAAGGACCCGACCUGUACCGGGUGUCUGGCAAGUUUGAGCUGCUGGACCGGAUACUCCCCAAGCUGCGCUGCAAGCAGCACAGGGUGCUCCUCUUCUGUCAGAUGACCACCCUGAUGACCAUCAUGGAGGACUACCUCACCUACAGGGGGUACCGGUACCUGCGUCUCGACGGUACAACCAAGGCGGAAGACCGUGGUCAGCUGCUGGAAAUGUUCAAUGCCAAGGAGUCUCCCUACUUCAUCUUCCUACUCAGCACCCGGGCCGGUGGCCUGGGGCUCAACCUGCAGGCGGCAGACACAGUCAUCAUCUUCGACUCGGACUGGAACCCCCACCAGGACCUGCAAGCGCAAGAUCGAGCUCAUCGGAUUGGCCAGAAGAACGAGGUGCGGGUGCUGCGGCUCGUGACGGUCAACUCGGUGGAGGAGCGCAUCCUGGCUGCAGCCAAGUACAAACUCAACCUGGAUGAGAAGGUCAUCCAGGCCGGCAUGUUUGACCAGAAGUCGACGGGCACCGAGCGCAAGCAGUUCCUCCAGGCCAUCCUCACCCAGGACGAGAACGACGAGGAGGAAGAAAAUGAAGUGCCAGAUGAUGAAACCAUCAACGAAAUGAUUGCCAGAAAUGAGGAAGAACUGGAGCUUUUCCAGAAAAUGGACAUCGACAGGAGAAGAGAGGAGGCGCGCAGCGUCAAGAGGAAACCUCGGCUGAUGGAGGAAGAUGAGCUCCCCAAGUGGCUGCUCAAGGACGACGCUGAGGUGGAGCGACUAACCAAUGAGGAAGAGGAGGACAAGUUGUUUGGGCGAGGAAACCGGCAGCGAAAGGAGAUCGACUACUCAGAUGCUCUCACCGACAAGGAGUGGCUUCGGGCCAUUGAAGACGGGAACCUGGAUGAAAUGGAGACGCGCAAACGCUCCCGCAAGUCCGGUGGCAAUGGCGCCUCGUCAAGCUCUGGCGGUGAGCGGGGUGGCAAGCGCAAGAGUGGCCCCUCCCGGCAGAUGGUAGACGACGAACCUGUGGUAAAGAAGCGCCGCGGUCGGCCGCCCGUCGAGAAGGCCUCGCCCAACCCGCCCUCCCUGACCAAGCAGAUGCGCAAGCUCAUUGACAUUGUCAUCAACUACAAAGACAGUGACGGCCGUGUACUGAGUGAAGCCUUCCUGCAGCUGCCAUCUAAGAGGGAGCUCCCUGACUACUAUGAUGUCAUCAAGAAACCUGUCGAUCUAAAGAAAAUCAAGGCUCGCAUCCGUGAGCACCGGUACCGGACGCUGGACGACCUGGAGGACGACUUCAUGCUGCUCUGUGUCAACGCCCAGACGUACAACGUGGAGGGCUCGCUCAUCUACGAGGACUCCAUCGUGCUGCAGUCGGUGUUCACCAGCGCCCGCGAGCGGCUACAGAAGGACGGCGACCUGGCCCUGGGCACAGACGACCAGGACACUGACGAGGACGGUGCCGGACCGUCGGCCGAGCACGGCUCGGAGGAAAAGACGAAGAAGCGCAAGAGUCGCCACGUACGGCGGUACAUCAGCGACGAUGACGACACUGAGGAAAGCGACUAGUUGGCGAUGCGCCCCCAUCACCAUACACCUUACCCCCCCCCCUCCAUUCGCACCACAUUGAUCGUCUCCAUCGAAUUUCACCCUGUGAUGCAAGAGAGAAAGUUGUCCGAUUUGUUCUCCCUGUCAGUUCUGUUUCUUUGUACAUCUACUUCCUUCCCCCCUUUUUUUUUCUCUCCCUUCGUCACAGCCUACUUCUGUUUGUUCAGAAACUGCUUUAAUGUGGUUUCUUGGCCUUUGUAUCAUGUUUCUAUCUUUUGUAAUGGGAAGAAUAAACGGCUGCUGCUAUCUCGGGCA